AUGAGAGUCGCGUACCCUGUUUCUAUGUUGAUUUGGCUGUUGGUGAUCUCCAAUGGACACGGGCGCCCCAUUGACGAAAAUGAGGAUGAAGACGAGGAGUGUUUGACCCAUGGCGACAAAAACAAGUUUACACAUUUUAAAGAAAAUAUGAAGGACUUGAUUGAACAAUUUGACGAUGCGAUUGCAGAAAUAAAUAAAUAUAUUGAAUACUCAUUUGAGAUUAUAAAGAAGACACUCAAAGAUCAUAAAGAUCAUAAAGAAAACAAAGGGAGAAAAGAAAACAGAGUUAUCGAAUCCACCAUGUCUUCUUGA